AGCCUCAAAGCCAAGAAAGGACUUCGCGAAGGGGCGGCACCUAGCGGGCAGGCGUCCACUUCUUCUGCCGGCGGGCCGCGUUGCUCGCAGACAUGGCAGGCUCCAGACUCCCGCGGCAGCUCUUCCUCCAGGGCGUGGCCGCCGUCUUCAUGUUCGCCUUCGCUUCCCUCUACAUGCAGAUCCCGGGCCUAUAUGGUGCAGGGGGCAUCCUGCCAGCUCGGAAGAUGCUGCGGCCACAGGGCAAGGGGUGCUGGCAGCAGCUGUGGGAGACCCCGUCGCUGCUGUGGGAGGCGCCGAGGUUGGGGCUGGACACAGCGCAGGGCCUGGAGCUGCUGAGCCUGCUGGGCACACUGCUGGCCCUGGGCGCCCUGCUGCUGCACCCCCUGCGCAGUUGUCUCACCUACCUGCUGCUCUGGGCUGCCUACCUAUCAGCCUGCCAGGUGGGCCAGGUGUUUCUGUAUUUCCAGUGGGACUCCCUGCUGCUGGAGGCUGGCUUCCUGGCCGUGCUGGUGGCCCCACUGAGGCAGCGCCCCCUCCAGAGGAAGCCCCCCCAGAGUGGGCUGGCGGGAGCCAUGCCCCAUGAAGACCUCCCCUUCUGGCUGGUGCGCUGGCUGCUCUUCCGGCUCAUGUUCGCCUCCGGCGUGGUCAAGCUGACCAGCCGCUGCCCAGCAUGGUGGGGCCUCACUGCCCUCACCUACCAUUACGAGACUCAGUGCCUGCCCACCCCCGCUGCCUGGUACGCCCAUCACCUGCCUGCGUGGCUGCACAGGCUCUGCGUAGCUGCCACCUUCCUCAUCGAGGUUGCCGUGCCGCCUCUGUUCUUCAGCCCUCUCCGCCGCCUGCGCCUGGCGGCCUUCUACUCCCAGGUUCUCCUGCAGCUUCUCAUCAUGCUGACCGGCAACUACAACUUCUUCAAUCUGCUCACCCUGGUGCUCACCACCGCCCUGCUGGACGACCAGCACCUGCACACAGAGCGAGGGCACAGCCGGAAGAUGCCCACCUCCUGGCCCAAGACCCUGCUGGCUGCACUGGCCCUGCUACUGGAGCUGGCUGUCUACGGGCUGCUGGCCUAUGGCACUGCCCACUACUUCAGCCUGGAGGUGGACUGGGAGCAGCGCACCAUCCAGUCCAGAACCAACUUCACCUUCCACCAGUUCUCCCAGUGGCUCAAGAGCGUGACCCUGCCCACCAUGUGGCUGGGAGGGGCCUCCCUGGCUUGGGAGCUGCUGGCUGCCCUCUGGAGGUGGACGCAGGUGCGUGGGUGGCUGUGGAAGCUCUGGUCUGCAGUCCAGCUGUUUGUCUUUGGCGUGGCUACGGUGGCCUUGUUCACGAUCAGCCUGGUGCCCUACUCCUACAUGGAGCCAGAUACCCAUGGGCGCCUCUUGCCCGUGGCCCAUCGCCUCUUCAGCUCCGUGGAGCAUCUGCAGCUGGCUAACUCCUACGGCCUCUUCCGGCGGAUGACUGGUCUGGGGGGUCGGCCCGAGGUGGUGCUGGAGGGCAGCUAUGAUGGGCAACACUGGACGGAGAUCGAGUUCAUGUACAAGCCGGGAAACAUGAGCCGGCCACCAGCCGUGGUGACGCCCCACCAGCCACGUCUUGACUGGCAGAUGUGGUUCGCUGCACUCGGCCCCCACACACACAGCCCCUGGUUCGCGGGCCUGGUCCACCGGCUGCUGCAGGGCCAGGAGUCAGUGAUCCGCCUGGUUCAGAGCGACCCCAGCCGGUACCCUUUCCACAAGCAGCCCCCGACCUACAUCCGCGCGCAGCGCUACAAGUACUGGUUCACGCAGCCUGAGGAGCAGAGCCGCUGGUGGCGCCGCCAGUGGGUGGAGCAGUUCUUCCCACCGGUGACCCUGGGGGACCCCACGCUGCAGAACCUGCUCUCACAGUUUGGGCUUCAGGACAAGAGUCCUCCUCGCCCUCGCAGUCUCAGCAGCCCGCUGCCCCAGGCCCUGCACUGGGUCCGAGCCCAGUUGACCCCCCUGGAAGCCCCCAACCUGCUCUGGGGGCUCCUUGGUGCGGCAGGGGCCAUCAAGGUGGUGCAGGCCCUGCUGGCCCCCCGCCCCCCCACACCCAACAGGCAGGAGAAGCGCAAAGGUGCCCCCCAGGAGCCAGGAGCUGCAGCCCAAAACGGCUGCAGCAGUGGGUCCAGGAGCCCCCGGCGCAAGAAGUAGCCGGCUCUGUGGAGACGCGGGAUCAGCGACCCAGCAACUAGGCCUCUGUCAGCAGAUGCAAUCAGCCACAACACAAGUGCCUUAAUCGCUGCUGCAGCGCAGGGGCAGGUGGGCGUGCUCCCUACUCUCAAGGCUCUCCGGGGCAUCCUUGCUACACGGGGCUUGGAGGCCCACUGGUCAGCCCACACCUUCUCUGACCUUGGUGAUGAGGAGCCGUCGGUCCAGAGGGGGCGAAACUGCAGCCUCACCUCGGGGACUGAGGCCGAGUUGCUUCUGAGGGGGCUAGACCAGGGUUUGGAUCCGUGUGCACCAAUAAAAGGCAUCUUUUAUGUUAAA